AUGCCAACAUUGCCCACACCAGUUAUCAGCACUGGAAUUUCUUACUAUAAACGCCAGUUGUGGACUUACGUCUUAGGAGUCCCUAAUUUAGCAACUAAUAAAGAAAACAAAUCCAUUUACAAUUUACUACAAAUUGAGCAAUAAUGCAGAUGUUUUCUUUUACUUACUAGAUGUCAA